UGAUAACCCAAAAGAAGAAAGACUGAAGCACGAAAGCGGUUUCGCUUAGCUUGACUGAGGAGAAGCCUGUAGAUAACGCCGUCCUCAGAAUCAUUCAUCGACGCAAAAGCGAUGGCUUCCAAUUCCCAUCAACCAGCUACCGGUGGUUCUCCUAAUUCGUGGGAACAAGCUGGGAGGUUGACUGCUUCUGCACCCUUUAAGCCACCAUCAGCUGGCAGCACCAGUGACGUGGUUGAGGCGUCUGGAACAGCAGGACGAGGUGAAAUUGUUUCAACUGCUGAUAGAACUGCAGCUGUGUUUUGAAAUGCCGUUGGCCGGCCUUUACCUAACAGGCACUGGGAGCAACAGACUUAUCGUAGCACUUAUGGAGGUAGAGGUUCAAUUUUCUGUCAUAGUUCAGAAGGUUGCAUAUUAUGGAGAAGCCCCUGUUGCAGGUUCAGGUUUAAACUACAAUUCAGGGUAUGGUUCGGGAAUGUAUGGUUCAACGUAUGGACAUGGUGGAUUAGGGUCUUAUGGUGGUGGAUUAUAUAACAAUGGCAUGUAUAGAGAAGGUUAUGGUGGUCUUUAUGGGAACUCUGGAAUGAACGGUGGUGUAACAUAUGGUGGUGGUCUUGGUGGUUUUGGGGGGUUCAAUGGGUGGAUAUCGUAUGGGGGGCAUGGGACCGUAUGGUGAGCAAGAUCCAAAUAAUCCCUUGGUGCUCCAUCAUCCACACCAGGCUUUUCGAUUUCCGUGUGAUGCAAGGUGGUGUUAACUUUUUUGGCCGGAUAUACAUUCUGAUAGAUCAGAAUACACAAGCAUUCCAUAUGUUUAUGUCUGCUCUUCUUCAGCUUUUCGAUCGCACCGGAGUAUUGUACGGGGAAUUAGCUAGAUUUGUGUUAAGAUUGCUUGGUAUCAAGAUAAAACCCCGCAAGAUCAAUCAAUCAGGACCUGGUGGAUUCCCAGGACCGCAUAACCCUCAUGGGAAUCAAAACCAUAUUGAGGCUGCAAAGGCUGCGCCAAGCGCUGCAUGGGACAACGUAUGGGGUGAAAAGGGUAGCUCUUACUUCAAUCAUCGAUUUCCAUCCAAUGAUUGCAGGGUUUGAGUGCACCAAGUAGUCCCAUGGUGUUAGAAAGGUAAAGGAAAUUAUGAUUAUUGAUGCUAAGGAAAAUAUGAUGCUCGAAUGUAGAGUCACAGUGAUUUAAUUUGCGAAAUGAAUUAGUAAUUAAU